AUGACAAAUGCUUACCGCUCCACCGUUUUUAAGGCUUUGAAUUUCGCUGCAGUAACUGUACGGCAGUCUCCAAGUUCUCUUUGCACUUUGCAAUACCGCCCCAAGUGCUGUUUUAGACAAAUUCACAUGGCAACUAGUGACAAAAUUGUCUCAAGGGGUGCAUUAAUUGUUCUAGAAGGUCUAGAUCGUUGUGGAAAGACCUCCCAGUGUGGAAGGUUGCACUCUUACUUAGAAGAGUCAGGUCACUCCAUUGAACUAUGGAGAUAUCCUGAUAGAAAUACAGGUGUCGGGAAAAUGAUCUCUUCUUAUCUAGCCAACCAAUCGAAUUUAGAUGAUCGUGCAAUUCAUCUUCUCUUCAGUGCAAAUCGUUGGGAGACGAGAUCGCUGAUGGAGUCGAAGCUAAGGAGUGGAACCACGCUCAUUGUCGACCGUUAUUCUUUUUCCGGGGUUGCUUUCUCAUCUGCAAAGGGACUUGAUAUGGAGUGGUGUAAGGCUCCAGAGGCAGGAUUGCUAGCUCCAGACGUAGUUAUCUACCUAGACAUAUCCCCUGAGAAGGCUGCCGAAAGAGGAGGUUAUGGGGGUGAGCGUUACGAGAAGCUCGAGUUUCAGAAAAAAGUUGCUCAAUCGUAUAUGACACUUCAGGACUCAACAUGGAAGAUUGUGGAUGCAACCCUCCCUAUCGAAGAUGUCGAAGAACAACUGAGACAAAUAGUUGUUGAGUGCGUGAUGACGUGUCAGAAAGGGAAGCCUUUUGCACACUUGUGGCAGAAUUAG